UGCCCUCACCACGAACAUUGUCCAGGCAUGCUUCAAGAUAUUGAUUUGGCCUUAGUGCCUCGCAGCGAUGCAGACGGUACAGAGAGCGACGGCUCGACUGCCACGCCCACGAGCCCGACUUCUACGACGUCAUCCGCUGCGCGGAAACGCUCUUCCUUAGACACUGCGAGCGAACCCGACUCAACCUCUUCUCACCCGGAUAGUCAGCACGAGGCCUCAAGCGUGGUAGUGCCGCUCGUGCCCUGGGUAACGGUGCUCAUACGCUAUCUUGGGCGCCCCGUCGUCGUGACGUGCCUCGCGCGGGCAUACCUCGCGACACUCACUUUCAGCGUGCGUCUCAUGCAUUGACUUAUACCGCGCAUGUAUU